GAAACAGGAACUUGGGUGAGCUCAGCUUUGCUGCUGAAACCGAGGGUUCGAGUCAGCAGAAGAAGCAGCCGCCGGGCCGGGGGGAGCAAAGUUUCCCAGCCAAGAUGUGGAAGGCUGCCGUUGGCCACAACGUGUCCGUGAAGGUGGAAUCCCAGGGAGAUGAUUGGGAUACGGACCCCGAUUUUGUGAAUGACAUCUCAGAGAAGGAGCAAAGGUGGGGAGCAAAAACCAUCGAGGGCUCCGGCCGUGCCGAACACAUCGAUAUCCACCAGUUAAGAAGCAAAGUCUCAGAGGAACACGAAGUUCUCAAGAAGAAGGAGCUGGAGACGGCGCCCAAAGCUUCCUACGGUUAUGGGGGCAAGUUUGGAACGGAGAAGGACCGCAUGGACAAGAGCGCGCUGGGCCAUGAGUACAUCGCUGAGGUCGGCAUGCACUCUUCCCAGACGGAUGCGGCCAAGGGCUUUGGAGGGAGGUACGGCGUGCAGAAGGAUCGAGCGGACAAGUCAGCCCUUGGGUUUGACUACAAGGGAGAGGUGGAAAAGCACGCUUCGCAGAAAGACUAUGCCGUUGGCUUUGGAGGGAAGUUUGGAGUGCAGAAGGAGCGCCAGGACAAAUCGGCCUUGGGCUGGACCCACAAGGAGGAAGUGAAGCCCCACGAGUCCCAGACAGACUAUGCCAUUGGCUUUGGAGGGAAGUUUGGAGUGCAGAAGGACCGCCAGGACAAAUCGGCCUUGGGCUGGGCCCACAAGGAGGAGGUGAAGCCCCACGAGUCUCAGACAGACUAUGCUGUUGGUUUCGGUGGGAAGUUUGGAGUGCAGAAGGACCGCCAGGACAAAUCGGCCUUGGGCUGGGCCCACAAGGAGGAGGUGAAGCCCCACGAGUCCCAGACAGACUAUGCCAAGGGCUUCGGAGGUCGCUACGGGGUCCAGAAGGACAGGGUGGACAAGAGCGCGACGGGUUUCGAUGACAUGGAAGCCCCAACGUCUUCGUACGAGAAGACGAAGCCUGUGGAGGCCGCUUCCAGUGGGGCGGGCGGCCUCAGGCAGCGGUUUGAGAACAUGGCCAAGUCGGCCGAGGAGGACAACCGGAGGCGGGCCGAGGAAGAGCGAGGGCGACGCCAAGCCCGGGACCAGCGAGAGCGCCAGGCGGCCCGGGAGCAGCAGAAGGAAAAGGACGAGAAACAGCCUAAAGAAACACGUCAAAAUGAAGACACGGCCAAGGAAGAUUCGGCUUGCAAACUCCCACUGGCGCCCGUCGUGGUUCACCCAGAAGCCAGGUUGCCCUCGGCGCUCCCAGUUCACCAGGGAGGGGCUGAAGAGGAAGAUGAGCCCCCUCCCGUCCUCCCCCCACGAAGCCUGGACCUGGAUGAGAUUCCUCGAGGGUUGCCAGCCCCUCCGCCUGCCCACCAGCCCCUCUACGUGGAAGCCACUGAUGACGGGGGGGAUUACGAGGACGUGGCUGAGCCUUUCGGCCGCCCAGUGCCCCCACCCUUCCAAGAGGAGGACGAGGAGGACGGUGGGGCAGAAUAUGAAGAGAUGCCGCCUCACUUUGGCCAUUCGGAAACCAUAGACAACGAUGAUGAUGACGAGGCUGAUGGGGGCCAGGACUAUGAGGAGAUCCCGGACAGGGCGCCGGGCAGCUACGGCGCAGGACCGGCCUCUUCAGGCUCUGAAGGUCCUCUGUAUGAAGUGAGCGGAGGCACGCUGUCUGCCGUGGCCCUUUAUGACUAUCAGGGAGGUAAGCUGGUCGUGUCGGUCUGGAGGAAGGUGUGGACACGGAGUGAGGGGAGCCACUCUUCUGAAACUCCCUGGGGUUGAGAAUUUGUUAACCUUUUCUGGAGUUAGGAAAUAUAUAGUUGCAAUAA